CUCACUUUGCUCUUGCUGAGUACGGCUCGUGGAUUACUAUGUAGACUGUACCACACAGAAGACUUGACUGUCUUCUAGCAUGGGGACCCUCUGGCACUUACAAUGCAUUUUGAUUUUAUUCUGUAUUUUGGUGCUGAAUACCACAGGGAUCAAACACAGACCAACCGGUGGCUUGAGAUCAUGGGAUCCUGCAACAGCUUACCUCACUCGAUGUGAUUUUAACAACAACUCAAGACCAUUUUGUGACUGGACCCAACCUUGCACUGUGAACCAGGGCGUAUGGAUACGAACCAAGCAUGAGACUCCAACAGAUGGAACAGGUCCUGAUGGAGACUAUCCUGAUGGAAAAGGCUAUUUCAUCUACCAAGAAGCAAGCAAUCUGAUCCCAUUUGACACUAACAGGCUUGAGAGCCCAGAUAUUGUGGUUUCUGAAAAGAUAUGCAUAGACUUCUGGUACUAUAUGUUUGGGUCAGAAGACAGGAAUGAACUGAGAGUGCUUAUCCAAGACAGCACAGGGGAGUUAACGGCAUGGAGUCGGAAGGGAAACCAAAGUUCCUCUUGGAUUUAUGGUGCUGUCACACAUACUUUUCCAACACAGAGAAAGAUAAAGGUCAUUUUUGAGGCUGUCCGAGGACUGACAGAGUAUGCAGAUACGGCACUGGACAAUGUGAGAGUAAGAGAUGGAUCCUGUGAUGCAGUCAGCACCCCUGUACCACCAACACCUACACCAACGGCACCUAUGCCACCUGCUGUGACAGAAGCAACUUGCACUAUACAUGGAGAUCCUCAUUAUUUAACUUUUGAUAAGCAGCGUCAUGACUUCAUGGGCACUUGCACCUACACGCUCUCCAAGCUGUGUGAGAACAACAGCUCACUGCCCUACUUCAACGUGGAAGCUGCUAACGAGCACAGAAGAGGCAACAAACGUGUGUCCUAUGUCCAAUCUGUGGACAUUGAUGUUUAUGGCUACAGGAUCAAUCUGGGUAAAAACAGAGUUGUUAAGGUUGAUGGAGUCAGCCAGGUACUCCCUCUGACCUUGGGCAAUAGUGUCAGCAUUUCCCUCAGUGGUCAAUAUGUUGUGGUUACUACUGACUUUGGGCUGAAGGUCAAGUUUGAUGGAGAUCACAGAGCAGAAAUCACUCUUCCCAGUGCCUAUAUAUCAAAAGUCUGUGGGAUAUGUGGAAAUUAUAAUGGGGACAAAAAAGAUGACUUUCUUAACCCAGAUGGAGGGAUGGAAACAGACUCAGCCAGCCUUGGAAACAGUUGGCAAGUUUACAACGACUCAAGGUGCUUGCCAGAUGAUGGCCAUAUCCCAAAUUGCACUGCUGAUGAAAAACAUAUGAUCCAAAGCAAUAAAUACUGUGGUCUGAUCACUGAUCCCAGUGGUCCAUUCCAGAAUUGUCACUCAGUAGUUGAUCCACAGAGCUAUUUUGAAGACUGCCAGUAUGAUCUCUGUGAGCUUCAUUUGAGCAGCGAAGCCCUCUGUCAAAACCUGCAGGCUUAUGCAGACAUGUGCCAAGCUGCAGGAGUCCAGCUGACACCAUGGAGAAAUGCAACCUUCUGCCCACUAGCCUGCCCAGCCAACAGCCACUAUGAGCCCUGUGCUGCAGCUUGCCCUGCUACAUGCGUUAACCCAACCGCAUCAUACAACUGCAGCUUGCCGUGCGUGGAGGGAUGUGUAUGCGACAGCGGGUACCUGCUCUACAACAGUCAGUGUGUGCCCAGCCAGCAGUGUGGGUGCUGGCACAACGGGCAGCACUACCCGGUGGGCUCAGAGUUCUGGACGGACAACACCUGCUCGUCCAAGUGCACAUGUCCCACGCGAGGAGGCAAAGUCCAGUGCUCCAGUGCAUCGUGCCCUGCUGGCCAGUUCUGUGGUGUGCAGAAUGGGAAACCCGAGUGCCUGGAACACUCCUACGGCAUCUGUCACGUCCACGGGGACCCUCACUACAACACCUUUGACAAGGUGACGCACAACUUCAUGGGGAACUGCACGUACACCCUGGCCAAAGUGUGCUCCAACACCUCCGUGCCGUACUUCAACGUUGAGGCAAAGAACGAGCAUCGUGGCAACCCCCGAGUGUCCUACGUGCGUGAAGUCGUGGUCGAUGUGUACGGAGAGCGCAUUACCAUACUCAAGCAGGAGAGGAGCCGAGUGCUGGUGAACGGUGAGUACCGGACCCUGCCGGUGAGCGCAGCAGGAGGAGCCAUCACCGUGAGCAGUAGCGGCCGCUACGUCGUCCUGGAGACGGACUUCAGCCUCCACGUGUCCUACGACGCUGACCACUCGGUGGAGGUGAAGGUGCCCAGCAGCUACUUCAACCUGACGUGUGGCAUGUGCGGGAACUUCAACAACCGGAGAGAGGACGAUUACAUGAUGCCCAACGGGCAGCAAGCCGCAGACUCCAAUGCGCUGGGGGAGAGCUGGCAGGUCCCAAGCAGUGACAGUGACCCCAGCUGCGGCGUGCCCCCACCAACAGAGCCCUGCCCUGCAGACAAGGAGAAGCUCUACGAGUCCGAGCAGUUCUGUGGCAUGCUGACAGCCAGACCAGGCGUUUUUGAGAGCUGCCACGCCGUGAUCAACCCGCAGAGCUACUUUGAGACCUGCUCCUACGACCUUUGUGCCAUAAGUGGUGCGCAGGAGGUGCUGUGUGGUGCGCUGGAGGCCUAUGCUGACGCAUGCCAGGCAGCUGGUGUGACUCUGCUCCCCUGGAGGAAUGCCACCUUCUGCCCUAUUGCAUGUCCUGCUAAUAGCCAUUACAAUCCAUGCACCAGUGCAUGUCCUGCAACCUGCACUGACCCUCUUGCAUCAAACAACUGCAGCAAACCUUGUGUAGAGGGAUGUGAAUGCAACGAUGGUUUUGUCAUCAGUGGGGCACAAUGUGUAUCUAUGAGCAACUGUGGCUGCUUACAGAAUGACAAAUAUUAUGAGAAAGGAGAAACUUUUUGGCAAACAAACUGUGCAGGCCAAUGUAUAUGUGUUGGAAAUGGGACUGUGCUUUGCAAUUCAGACACAUGCGAAGCAAAUGAAGUUUGCAAGGUGCAGAAUGGACUCCUGGGGUGUUAUCCAUUAAAUCCCAGCACCUGCCACAUUUUCGGGGAUCCACAUUACGUAACCUUUGAUGGGAGACUGUAUCAUUUCCAAGGAGACUGCAAUUAUACAGUUGUCGAGACUUGCACAAACUCUUCUGAAUGGUUUUCAGUGACAACCAGAAAUAGGCAUAGAGGAAACCCAAACUGGACAGCCCUGGAUUCAGUUGCUGUCACACUGAAAAAUCUUCAUAUUGUUGUGAGGAGAGACAAAGAGACCUUUGUGGAUGGAGCUCAGGUUUUCCCUCCUGUGGAUUUGAAGAAUGGAGCCAGAGUAGCUGUAAAAGGACGUUAUGUAGUCAUUGAUACCUCUGUAGGGAUACAGGUGAAGUUCGAUGGCGACCAGGACCUUUUUAUUCAGGUUGAUGAAAGUCUCAGGGGACAGUUAUGUGGUUUGUGUGGGACAUUCAAUGACAACCAGCUGGAUGAUUUUCUAAAACCGGAUAAAGUCCUAGAACAGGAUCCAAAUAAAUUUGGUGACAGCUGGCUACUGAAGGAUGACAACUGGGUAUGUAAUCCAGUUGCAGUUGUACCACCCACCUGUGACACAGGAAAAGAGAAAGAAUACGAAGAAAUCUGUAAAAUUAUUUUGAAAAAUAGUGGACCUUUUGAGGCUUGCCAUUGGUACAUUCCACCACAGCUGUACUUUGAGAGCUGUGUCUAUGACCUGUGUGCCACAGAGGGGAAUUCUGAACAAUUCUGCAAAAUUUUAGAGGCAUAUGCUGCUGCCUGUGAGCUUGAAGGUGUAAAUCUGGGAGAAUGGAGAAAAGAUACCAUCUGCGCUGCACCAACAGCCUGCAAUAUGUCCUGCACAUUUGAUGUUGACUUCUGUGAGUGGGAACAGGCGAUCAAUGACAACUUUGACUGGAUAAGGAACAAGGGACCAACACUCUCACCAAAUACCGGCCCUCCCCAUGACCACACAACAGGAGAUGGGUAUUAUAUCUACUUGCAAGGAAACGAGCACAAGCCAGGUGAGACAGCCAUCUUGGUCAGCACAGUUUGCAAUUCAACGGGACCACACUGCUUCCGCUUCUGGUAUCACAUGUACGGAGUGGCUGAAACCAUGGCCCUGCGGGUGUACGUUCUACACAACGAGAUAUCGACACUGGUAUGGAAAGAAGCAGGAAGCAAAGGAGACAGAUGGAUCUUGGGAGAGGUCACAGUGCACAGUGCAGGAAACCUGCAGAUUCUCCUUGAGGGCAUGAUAGGUGAAGAUUUCCGCAGUGACGUAGCACUGGAUGAUCUGUCCAUUGAACAGGGAUACUGUCCAGGCGAUGUGACCCCAACACCAGGCGCCGGCACCACCACACCUGUGGCAGAAAUAACCACACCAACACCACAGCCAGGCUCAGGAACGUGUGUGGUGGAGGGAGACCCUCACUACCACACAUUUGACAAGCAAAUCCACAACUUUAUGGGCAACUGCACCUACACCCUCUCCAAGCUGUGCGAGAGCAACAGCUCACUGCCCUUCUUCAACGUGGAAGCUGCCAAUGAACACCGAGGAGGGAACACUCGCGUGUCCUACGUCCAGUACGUGGACGUUGAUGUGUACGGCCAGCGCAUAAGGCUUGGGAAGGGUGGCGUGGUGACGGUCAACGGCGAGCCAGAGGUGCUGCCCUGCACCCCAUCUGUGGGCGUGCAAGUCUCGUCCAGCGGGUUCUACACCAUGGUGACAACAGACUUUGGCUUGAGAGUGAAGUUUGAUGGGAACCAUCGGGUGGAGGUGACGCUUCCAAGCACCUUUGGGCAGAAGGUUUGUGGCAUGUGUGGCAACUACAACGGGAUGGCAGCAGACGACUUCCUGAACCCUGACGGGGUGCAGGAGCCAGACUCCACCAGCCUGGGUAACAGCUGGCAGGUGUCUAACGACAGCAGCUGCUCAGCUGGGACGCAGUCCCCGCCAGCCUGCACUGAAACGGACAAGCAAGUCAUUGCCAGCAGCAACUUCUGUGGGCUCCUCACGGACACCAGCGGCCCGUUUGAGGUGUGCCAUGCCGUGCUGAGUGCCAGCGGUUACUUCGACACGUGCCUGUAUGACCUGUGUGAGCUGGGGCUUGAUCGCGAGGCGCUGUGCAACAGCUUGCAGUCCUAUGCAGAUGCCUGCCAGGCGCUUGGUGUCCAGAUCCCUGUGUGGAGGAACGCAACAUUCUGCCCCAUCACGUGCCCAGCCAACAGCCACUACGAGCCCUGUGCUGCAGCUUGCCCUGCUACGUGUGUUAACCCCAUGGCUCCUGUUACAUGCGGGUUGCCGUGCGUGGAGGGAUGUGUAUGCGACAGCGGGUACCUUCUCUACAACAGUCAGUGUGUGCCCAGCCAGCAGUGUGGGUGCUGGCACAACGGGCAGCACUACCCGGUGGGCUCAGAGUUCUGGACGGACAACACCUGCUCGUCCAAGUGCACAUGUCCCACGCGAGGAGGCAAAGUCCAGUGCUCCAGUGCAUCGUGCCCUGCUGGCCAGUUCUGUGGUGUGCAGAAUGGGAAACCCGAGUGCCUGGAACACUCCUACGGCAUCUGUCACGUCCACGGGGACCCUCACUACAACACCUUUGACAAGGUGACGCACAACUUCAUGGGGAACUGCACGUACACCCUGGCCAAAGUGUGCUCCAACACCUCCGUGCCGUACUUCAACGUUGAGGCAAAGAACGAGCAUCGUGGCAACCCCCGAGUGUCCUACGUGCGUGAAGUCGUGGUCGAUGUGUACGGAGAGCGCAUUACCAUACUCAAGCAGGAGAGGAGCCGAGUGCUGGUGAACGGUGAGUACCGGACCCUGCCGGUGAGCGCAGCAGGAGGAGCCAUCACCGUGAGCAGUAGCGGCCGCUACGUUGUCCUGGAGACGGACUUCAGCCUCCACGUGUCCUACGACGCUGACCACUCGGUGGAGGUGAAGGUGCCCAGCAGCUACUUCAACCUGACGUGUGGCAUGUGCGGGAACUUCAACAACCGGAGAGAGGACGAUUACAUGAUGCCCAACGGGCAGCAAGCCGCAGACUCCAAUGCGCUGGGGGAGAGCUGGCAGGUCCCAAGCAGUGACAGUGACCCCAGCUGCGGCGUGCCCCCACCAACAGAGCCCUGCCCUGCAGACAAGGAGAAGCUCUACGAGUCCGAGCAGUUCUGUGGCAUGCUGACAGCCAGACCAGGCGUUUUUGAGAGCUGCCACGCCGUGAUCAACCCGCAGAGCUACUUUGAGACCUGCUCCUACGACCUUUGUGCCAUGAGUGGUGCGCAGGAGGUGCUGUGUGGUGCGCUGGAGGCCUAUGCUGACGCAUGCCAGGCAGCUGGUGUGACUCUGCUCCCCUGGAGGAAUGCCACCUUCUGCCCCCUGCCGUGCUCUGCCAACAGCUACUAUGACCCUUGCAUGACUGGCUGUCCUGCCACCUGCGUUGACCGAGAAGCCCCGCAGAACUGUUCCAAGCCCUGCAUGGAGGGCUGUGCGUGUGCCUCUGGCUUCCUCCUCAGCGGUGACACCUGUGUGCCCGAGGCCCGCUGUGGCUGCCUCUUUGAGGGCAACUACUACAGCGAAGGCGAGUCCUUUGUGAGCGAGAACUGCUCUCGCCGGUGCCGCUGUGAAGCCAGCGGCCAGAUGGUUUGCUCUGCAUUGUCCUGUGGUGAGGAGGAGGUCUGCAAGGUCCAGAACGGCCAGCGGGGCUGUUUCCCAGCCAGCACGGCUGUGUGCCACAUCUACGGUGACCCGCAUUACAACACGUUCGAUGGGAAGCUUCACCACUUCCAGGGCUCCUGCAACUACACAGUGGUGACGGCCUGUGACAACUCCUCCCUUGGCUUCAGCAUCACCAUUCGCAACGAACAUCGGGGCAACCCGAGCUGGACGGCUCUGAACUCUGUGGCACUGUCCAUGGAAGGCCUCCACAUUGCACUGCGCAAGAAGAAGAACGUCUAUAUCAAUGGUGCUCUGGCCACCCUGCCUGCUUCUCCAACGCCCAAUGUGAACGUUUCCCUGAGUGGCUCCUACGUGCAAGUCUCUACCAAGCUGGGCCUGCAGCUACAGUUCAACGGGGACCAGGAGCUCCUGGUGAGGGUGUCGGAGAAGCACAAGGGCAAGCUGUGUGGGUUGUGUGGGACAUACACGGGCAGCAAGGAAGAUGACUUCAGGCGACCUGAUGGGGUCGUUGUGCCUGACUUCAAUGACUUUGGAGCCAGCUGGAUGGUGCCGGAUGACGAGUGGAAGUGUAACACGACCAUCUUCCCGCCUGUGUCCUGCUCCCCCUUGGAGGAGGAGGCAGCUAACAAGAAGUGUGAAGUGCUCACACAAGCCGGUGGCCCGUUCCAGCCAUGCCACGCAGUUCUGCCACCCCAGGCGUACUUUGAGAGCUGUGUCUAUGACCAGUGUGGCACGGGUGGCAGCACGGAGCAGCUGUGCAGUGACCUGAGUUCCUAUGCUGAAGCCUGUGCUGCGGCAGGGGUUGUUCUGGGAGACUGGAGCUCUGGCACGGUCUGCGCUCCCCCAGCAGCCUGCAACUUCUCCUGCACAUUUGAUGUCGACUUCUGUGAGUGGGUCCAGGAGCCGUCCAGCAGCAUUGACUGGAUAAGACACAAGGGACCAACGCCCUCUCCGGAUACCGGCCCUUCCUUUGACCACACGACUGGAGAUGGCUACUACAUCUACCUGCAUGGCAACGAUCCCUACCCCGGCUUUGUGUCACAGCUGGUCAGCCCGGUGUGCAAUUCAACGGGACCACACUGCUUCCGCUUCUGGUAUCACAUGUACGGAGUGGCUGAAACCAUGGCCCUGCGGGUGUAUGUGGCUCAGGACGGAGAGCUACUGGAGGUCUGGAAAAGCGUUGGGAACCACGGGGACAGAUGGAUCUUGGGAGAGGUCACAGUGCACAGUGCAGGAAACCUGCAGCUUGUCCUCGAGGGAGAAUGGGGGGAAGAUUUCCGCAGUGACGUAGCACUGGAUGAUCUGUCCAUUGAACAGGGAUACUGUCCAGGCGAUGUGACCCCAACACCAGGCGCCGGCACCACCACACCUGUGGCAGAAAUAACCACACCAACACCACAGCCAGGCUCAGGAACGUGUGUGGUGGAGGGAGACCCUCACUACCACACAUUUGACAAGCAAAUCCACAACUUUAUGGGCAACUGCACCUACACCCUCUCCAAGCUGUGCGAGAGCAACAGCUCACUGCCCUUCUUCAACGUGGAAGCUGCCAAUGAACACCGAGGAGGGAACACUCGCGUGUCCUACGUCCAGUACGUGGACGUUGAUGUGUACGGCCAGCGCAUAAGGCUUGGGAAGGGUGGCGUGGUGACGGUCAACGGCGAGCCAGAGGUGCUGCCCUGCACCCCAUCUGUGGGCGUGCAAGUCUCGUCCAGCGGGUUCUACACCAUGGUGACAACAGACUUUGGCUUGAGAGUGAAGUUUGAUGGGAACCAUCGGGUGGAGGUGACGCUUCCAAGCACCUUUGGGCAGAAGGUUUGUGGCAUGUGUGGCAACUACAACGGGAUGGCAGCAGACGACUUCCUGAACCCUGACGGGGUGCAGGAGCCAGACUCCACCAGCCUGGGUAACAGCUGGCAGGUGUCUAACGACAGCAGCUGCUCAGCUGGGACGCAGUCCCCGCCAGCCUGCACUGAAACGGACAAGCAAGUCAUUGCCAGCAGCAACUUCUGUGGGCUCCUCACGGACACCAGCGGCCCGUUUGAGGUGUGCCAUGCCGUGCUGAGUGCCAGCGGUUACUUCGACACGUGCCUGUAUGACCUGUGUGAGCUGGGGCUUGAUCGCGAGGCGCUGUGCAACAGCUUGCAGUCCUAUGCAGAUGCCUGCCAGGCGCUUGGUGUCCAGAUCCCUGUGUGGAGGAACGCAACAUUCUGCCCCAUCACGUGCCCAGCCAACAGCCACUACGAGCCCUGUGCUGCAGCUUGCCCUGCUACGUGUGUUAGCCCAACGGCACCAUAUAACUGCAGCUUGCCGUGCGUGGAGGGAUGUGUAUGCGACAGCGGGUACCUGCUCUACAACAGUCAGUGUGUGCCCAGCCAGCAGUGUGGGUGCUGGCACAACGGGCAGCACUACCCGGUGGGCUCAGAGUUCUGGACGGACAACACCUGCUCGUCCAAGUGCACAUGUCCCACGCGAGGAGGCAAAGUCCAGUGCUCCAGUGCAUCGUGCCCUGCUGGCCAGUUCUGUGGUGUGCAGAAUGGGAAACCCGAGUGCCUGGAACACUCCUACGGCAUCUGUCACGUCCACGGGGACCCUCACUACAACACCUUUGACAAGGUGACGCACAACUUCAUGGGGAACUGCACGUACACCCUGGCCAAAGUGUGCUCCAACACCUCCGUGCCGUACUUCAACGUUGAGGCAAAGAACGAGCAUCGUGGCAACCCCCGAGUGUCCUACGUGCGUGAAGUCGUGGUCGAUGUGUACGGAGAGCGCAUUACCAUACUCAAGCAGGAGAGGAGCCGAGUGCUGGUGAACGGUGAGUACCGGACCCUGCCGGUGAGCGCAGCAGGAGGAGCCAUCACCGUGAGCAGUAGCGGCCGCUACGUUGUCCUGGAGACGGACUUCAGCCUCCACGUGUCCUACGACGCUGACCACUCGGUGGAGGUGAAGGUGCCCAGCAGCUACUUCAACCUGACGUGUGGCAUGUGCGGGAACUUCAACAACCGGAGAGAGGACGAUUACAUGAUGCCCAACGGGCAGCAAGCCGCAGACUCCAAUGCGCUGGGGGAGAGCUGGCAGGUCCCAAGCAGUGACAGUGACCCCAGCUGCGGCGUGCCCCCACCAACAGAGCCCUGCCCUGCAGACAAGGAGAAGCUCUACGAGUCCGAGCAGUUCUGUGGCAUGCUGACAGCCAGACCAGGCGUUUUUGAGAGCUGCCACGCCGUGAUCAACCCGCAGAGCUACUUUGAGACCUGCUCCUACGACCUUUGUGCCAUGAGUGGUGCGCAGGAGGUGCUGUGUGGUGCGCUGGAGGCCUAUGCUGACGCAUGCCAGGCAGCUGGUGUGACUCUGCUCCCCUGGAGGAAUGCCACCUUCUGCCCCCUGCCGUGCUCUGCCAACAGCUACUAUGACCCUUGCAUGACUGGCUGUCCUGCCACCUGCGUUGACCGAGAAGCCCCGCAGAACUGUUCCAAGCCCUGCAUGGAGGGCUGUGCGUGUGCCUCUGGCUUCCUCCUCAGCGGUGACACCUGUGUGCCCGAGGCCCGCUGUGGCUGCCUCUUUGAGGGCAACUACUACAGCGAAGGCGAGUCCUUUGUGAGCGAGAACUGCUCUCGCCGGUGCCGCUGUGAAGCCAGCGGCCAGAUGGUUUGCUCUGCAUUGUCCUGUGGUGAGGAGGAGGUCUGCAAGGUCCAGAACGGCCAGCGGGGCUGUUUCCCAGCCAGCACGGCUGUGUGCCACAUCUACGGUGACCCGCAUUACAACACGUUCGAUGGGAAGCUUCACCACUUCCAGGGCUCCUGCAACUACACAGUGGUGACGGCCUGUGACAACUCCUCCCUUGGCUUCAGCAUCACCAUUCGCAACGAACAUCGGGGCAACCCGAGCUGGACGGCUCUGAACUCUGUGGCACUGUCCAUGGAAGGCCUCCACAUUGCACUGCGCAAGAAGAAGAACGUCUAUAUCAAUGGUGCUCUGGCCACCCUGCCUGCUUCUCCAACGCCCAAUGUGAACGUUUCCCUGAGUGGCUCCUACGUGCAAGUCUCUACCAAGCUGGGCCUGCAGCUACAGUUCAACGGGGACCAGGAGCUCCUGGUGAGGGUGUCGGAGAAGCACAAGGGCAAGCUGUGUGGGUUGUGUGGGACAUACACGGGCAGCAAGGAAGAUGACUUCAGGCGACCUGAUGGGGUCGUUGUGCCUGACUUCAAUGACUUUGGAGCCAGCUGGAUGGUGCCGGAUGACGAGUGGAAGUGUAACACGACCAUCUUCCCGCCUGUGUCCUGCUCCCCCUUGGAGGAGGAGGCAGCUAACAAGAAGUGUGAAGUGCUCACACAAGCCGGUGGCCCGUUCCAGCCAUGCCACGCAGUUCUGCCACCCCAGGCGUACUUUGAGAGCUGUGUCUAUGACCAGUGUGGCACGGGUGGCAGCACGGAGCAGCUGUGCAGUGACCUGAGUUCCUAUGCUGAAGCCUGUGCUGCGGCAGGGGUUGUUCUGGGAGACUGGAGCUCUGGCACGGUCUGCGCUCCCCCAGCAGCCUGCAACUUCUCCUGCACAUUUGAUGUCGACUUCUGUGAGUGGGUCCAGGAGCCGUCCAGCAGCAUUGACUGGAUAAGACACAAGGGACCAACGCCCUCUCCGGAUACCGGCCCUUCCUUUGACCACACGACUGGAGAUGGCUACUACAUCUACCUGCAUGGCAACGAUCCCUACCCCGGCUUUGUGUCACAGCUGGUCAGCCCGGUGUGCAAUUCAACGGGACCACACUGCUUCCGCUUCUGGUAUCACAUGUACGGAGUGGCUGAAACCAUGGCCCUGCGGGUGUAUGUGGCUCAGGACGGAGAGCUACUGGAGGUCUGGAAAAGCGUUGGGAACCACGGGGACAGAUGGAUCUUGGGAGAGGUCACAGUGCACAGUGCAGGAAACCUGCAGCUUGUCCUCGAGGGAGAAUGGGGGGAAGAUUUCCGCAGUGACGUAGCACUGGAUGAUCUGUCCAUUGAACAGGGAUACUGUCCAGGCGAUGUGACCCCAACACCAGGCGCCGGCACCACCACACCUGUGGCAGAAAUAACCACACCAACACCACAGCCAGGCUCAGGAACGUGUGUGGUGGAGGGAGACCCUCACUACCACACAUUUGACAAGCAAAUCCACAACUUUAUGGGCAACUGCACCUACACCCUCUCCAAGCUGUGCGAGAGCAACAGCUCACUGCCCUUCUUCAACGUGGAAGCUGCCAAUGAACACCGAGGAGGGAACACUCGCGUGUCCUACGUCCAGUACGUGGACGUUGAUGUGUACGGCCAGCGCAUAAGGCUUGGGAAGGGUGGCGUGGUGACGGUCAACGGCGAGCCAGAGGUGCUGCCCUGCACCCCAUCUGUGGGCGUGCAAGUCUCGUCCAGCGGGUUCUACACCAUGGUGACAACAGACUUUGGCUUGAGAGUGAAGUUUGAUGGGAACCAUCGGGUGGAGGUGACGCUUCCAAGCACCUUUGGGCAGAAGGUUUGUGGCAUGUGUGGCAACUACAACGGGAUGGCAGCAGACGACUUCCUGAACCCUGACGGGGUGCAGGAGCCAGACUCCACCAGCCUGGGUAACAGCUGGCAGGUGUCUAACGACAGCAGCUGCUCAGCUGGGACGCAGUCCCCGCCAGCCUGCACUGAAACGGACAAGCAAGUCAUUGCCAGCAGCAACUUCUGUGGGCUCCUCACGGACACCAGCGGCCCGUUUGAGGUGUGCCAUGCCGUGCUGAGUGCCAGCGGUUACUUCGACACGUGCCUGUAUGACCUGUGUGAGCUGGGGCUUGAUCGCGAGGCGCUGUGCAACAGCUUGCAGUCCUAUGCAGAUGCCUGCCAGGCGCUUGGUGUCCAGAUCCCUGUGUGGAGGAACGCAACAUUCUGCCCCAUCACGUGCCCAGCCAACAGCCACUACGAGCCCUGUGCUGCAGCUUGCCCUGCUACGUGUGUUAGCCCAACGGCACCAUAUAACUGCAGCUUGCCGUGCGUGGAGGGAUGUGUAUGCGACAGCGGGUACCUUCUCUACAACAGUCAGUGUGUGCCCAGCCAGCAGUGUGGGUGCUGGCACAACGGGCAGCACUACCCGGUGGGCUCAGAGUUCUGGACGGACAACACCUGCUCGUCCAAGUGCACAUGUCCCACGCGAGGAGGCAAAGUCCAGUGCUCCAGUGCAUCGUGCCCUGCUGGCCAGUUCUGUGGUGUGCAGAAUGGGAAACCCGAGUGCCUGGAACACUCCUACGGCAUCUGUCACGUCCACGGGGACCCUCACUACAACACCUUUGACAAGGUGACGCACAACUUCAUGGGGAACUGCACGUACACCCUGGCCAAAGUGUGCUCCAACACCUCCGUGCCGUACUUCAACGUUGAGGCAAAGAACGAGCAUCGUGGCAACCCCCGAGUGUCCUACGUGCGUGAAGUCGUGGUCGAUGUGUACGGAGAGCGCAUUACCAUACUCAAGCAGGAGAGGAGCCGAGUGCUGGUGAACGGUGAGUACCGGACCCUGCCGGUGAGCGCAGCAGGAGGAGCCAUCACCGUGAGCAGUAGCGGCCGCUACGUUGUCCUGGAGACGGACUUCAGCCUCCACGUGUCCUACGACGCUGACCACUCGGUGGAGGUGAAGGUGCCCAGCAGCUACUUCAACCUGACGUGUGGCAUGUGCGGGAACUUCAACAACCGGAGAGAGGACGAUUACAUGAUGCCCAACGGGCAGCAAGCCGCAGACUCCAAUGCGCUGGGGGAGAGCUGGCAGGUCCCAAGCAGUGACAGUGACCCCAGCUGCGGCGUGCCCCCACCAACAGAGCCCUGCCCUGCAGACAAGGAGAAGCUCUACGAGUCCGAGCAGUUCUGUGGCAUGCUGACAGCCAGACCAGGCGUUUUUGAGAGCUGCCACGCCGUGAUCAACCCGCAGAGCUACUUUGAGACCUGCUCCUACGACCUUUGUGCCAUGAGUGGUGCGCAGGAGGUGCUGUGUGGUGCGCUGGAGGCCUAUGCUGACGCAUGCCAGGCAGCUGGUGUGACUCUGCUCCCCUGGAGGAAUGCCACCUUCUGCCCCCUGCCGUGCUCUGCCAACAGCUACUAUGACCCUUGCAUGACUGGCUGUCCUGCCACCUGCGUUGACCGAGAAGCCCCGCAGAACUGUUCCAAGCCCUGCAUGGAGGGCUGUGCGUGUGCCUCUGGCUUCCUCCUCAGCGGUGACACCUGUGUGCCCGAGGCCCGCUGUGGCUGCCUCUUUGAGGGCAACUACUACAGCGAAGGCGAGUCCUUUGUGAGCGAGAACUGCUCUCGCCGGUGCCGCUGUGAAGCCAGCGGCCAGAUGGUUUGCUCUGCAUUGUCCUGUGGUGAGGAGGAGGUCUGCAAGGUCCAGAACGGCCAGCGGGGCUGUUUCCCAGCCAGCACGGCUGUGUGCCACAUCUACGGUGACCCGCAUUACAACACGUUCGAUGGGAAGCUUCACCACUUCCAGGGCUCCUGCAACUACACAGUGGUGACGGCCUGUGACAACUCCUCCCUUGGCUUCAGCAUCACCAUUCGCAACGAACAUCGGGGCAACCCGAGCUGGACGGCUCUGAACUCUGUGGCACUGUCCAUGGAAGGCCUCCACAUUGCACUGCGCAAGAAGAAGAACGUCUAUAUCAAUGGUGCUCUGGCCACCCUGCCUGCUUCUCCAACGCCCAAUGUGAACGUUUCCCUGAGUGGCUCCUACGUGCAAGUCUCUACCAAGCUGGGCCUGCAGCUACAGUUCAACGGGGACCAGGAGCUCCUGGUGAGGGUGUCGGAGAAGCACAAGGGCAAGCUGUGUGGGUUGUGUGGGACAUACACGGGCAGCAAGGAAGAUGACUUCAGGCGACCUGAUGGGGUCGUUGUGCCUGACUUCAAUGACUUUGGAGCCAGCUGGAUGGUGCCGGAUGACGAGUGGAAGUGUAACACGACCAUCUUCCCGCCUGUGUCCUGCUCCCCCUUGGAGGAGGAGGCAGCUAACAAGAAGUGUGAAGUGCUCACACAAGCCGGUGGCCCGUUCCAGCCAUGCCACGCAGUUCUGCCACCCCAGGCGUACUUUGAGAGCUGUGUCUAUGACCAGUGUGGCACGGGUGGCAGCACGGAGCAGCUGUGCAGUGACCUGAGUUCCUAUGCUGAAGCCUGUGCUGCGGCAGGGGUUGUUCUGGGAGACUGGAGCUCUGGCACGGUCUGCGCUCCCCCAGCAGCCUGCAACUUCUCCUGCACAUUUGAUGUCGACUUCUGUGAGUGGGUCCAGGAGCCGUCCAGCAGCAUUGACUGGAUAAGACACAAGGGACCAACGCCCUCUCCGGAUACCGGCCCUUCCUUUGACCACACGACUGGAGAUGGCUACUACAUCUACCUGCAUGGCAACGAUCCCUACCCCGGCUUUGUGUCACAGCUGGUCAGCCCGGUGUGCAAUUCAACGGGACCACACUGCUUCCGCUUCUGGUAUCACAUGUACGGAGUGGCUGAAACCAUGGCCCUGCGGGUGUAUGUGGCUCAGGACGGAGAGCUACUGGAGGUCUGGAAAAGCGUUGGGAACCACGGGGACAGAUGGAUCUUGGGAGAGGUCACAGUGCACAGUGCAGGAAACCUGCAGCUUGUCCUCGAGGGAGAAUGGGGGGAAGAUUUCCGCAGUGACGUAGCACUGGAUGAUCUGUCCAUUGAACAGGGAUACUGUCCAGGCGAUGUGACCCCAACACCAGGCGCCGGCACCACCACACCUGUGGCAGAAAUAACCACACCAACACCACAGCCAGGCUCAGGAACGUGUGUGGUGGAGGGAGACCCUCACUACCACACAUUUGACAAGCAAAUCCACAACUUUAUGGGCAACUGCACCUACACCCUCUCCAAGCUGUGCGAGAGCAACAGCUCACUGCCCUUCUUCAACGUGGAAGCUGCCAAUGAACACCGAGGAGGGAACACUCGCGUGUCCUACGUCCAGUACGUGGACGUUGAUGUGUACGGCCAGCGCAUAAGGCUUGGGAAGGGUGGCGUGGUGACGGUCAACGGCGAGCCAGAGGUGCUGCCCUGCACCCCAUCUGUGGGCGUGCAAGUCUCGUCCAGCGGGUUCUACACCAUGGUGACAACAGACUUUGGCUUGAGAGUGAAGUUUGAUGGGAACCAUCGGGUGGAGGUGACGCUUCCAAGCACCUUUGGGCAGAAGGUUUGUGGCAUGUGUGGCAACUACAACGGGAUGGCAGCAGACGACUUCCUGAACCCUGACGGGGUGCAGGAGCCAGACUCCACCAGCCUGGGUAACAGCUGGCAGGUGUCUAACGACAGCAGCUGCUCAGCUGGGACGCAGUCCCCGCCAGCCUGCACUGAAACGGACAAGCAAGUCAUUGCCAGCAGCAACUUCUGUGGGCUCCUCACGGACACCAGCGGCCCGUUUGAGGUGUGCCAUGCCGUGCUGAGUGCCAGCGGUUACUUCGACACGUGCCUGUAUGACCUGUGUGAGCUGGGGCUUGAUCGCGAGGCGCUGUGCAACAGCUUGCAGUCCUAUGCAGAUGCCUGCCAGGCGCUUGGUGUCCAGAUCCCUGUGUGGAGGAACGCAACAUUCUGCCCCAUCACGUGCCCAGCCAACAGCCACUACGAGCCCUGUGCUGCAGCUUGCCCUGCUACGUGUGUUAACCCCAUGGCUCCUGUUACAUGCGGGUUGCCGUGCGUGGAGGGAUGUGUAUGCGACAGCGGGUACCUUCUCUACAACAGUCAGUGUGUGCCCAGCCAGCAGUGUGGGUGCUGGCACAACGGGCAGCACUACCCGGUGGGCUCAGAGUUCUGGACGGACAACACCUGCUCGUCCAAGUGCACAUGUCCCACGCGAGGAGGCAAAGUCCAGUGCUCCAGUGCAUCGUGCCCUGCUGGCCAGUUCUGUGGUGUGCAGAAUGGGAAACCCGAGUGCCUGGAACACUCCUACGGCAUCUGUCACGUCCACGGGGACCCUCACUACAACACCUUUGACAAGGUGACGCACAACUUCAUGGGGAACUGCACGUACACCCUGGCCAAAGUGUGCUCCAACACCUCCGUGCCGUACUUCAACGUUGAGGCAAAGAACGAGCAUCGUGGCAACCCCCGAGUGUCCUACGUGCGUGAAGUCGUGGUCGAUGUGUACGGAGAGCGCAUUACCAUACUCAAGCAGGAGAGGAGCCGAGUGCUGGUGAACGGUGAGUACCGGACCCUGCCGGUGAGCGCAGCAGGAGGAGCCAUCACCGUGAGCAGUAGCGGCCGCUACGUUGUCCUGGAGACGGACUUCAGCCUCCACGUGUCCUACGACGCUGACCACUCGGUGGAGGUGAAGGUGCCCAGCAGCUACUUCAACCUGACGUGUGGCAUGUGCGGGAACUUCAACAACCGGAGAGAGGACGAUUACAUGAUGCCCAACGGGCAGCAAGCCGCAGACUCCAAUGCGCUGGGGGAGAGCUGGCAGGUCCCAAGCAGUGACAGUGACCCCAGCUGCGGCGUGCCCCCACCAACAGAGCCCUGCCCUGCAGACAAGGAGAAGCUCUACGAGUCCGAGCAGUUCUGUGGCAUGCUGACAGCCAGACCAGGCGUUUUUGAGAGCUGCCACGCCGUGAUCAACCCGCAGAGCUACUUUGAGACCUGCUCCUACGACCUUUGUGCCAUGAGUGGUGCGCAGGAGGUGCUGUGUGGUGCGCUGGAGGCCUAUGCUGACGCAUGCCAGGCAGCUGGUGUGACUCUGCUCCCCUGGAGGAAUGCCACCUUCUGCCCCCUGCCGUGCUCUGCCAACAGCUACUAUGACCCUUGCAUGACUGGCUGUCCUGCCACCUGCGUUGACCGAGAAGCCCCGCAGAACUGUUCCAAGCCCUGCAUGGAGGGCUGUGCGUGUGCCUCUGGCUUCCUCCUCAGCGGUGACACCUGUGUGCCCGAGGCCCGCUGUGGCUGCCUCUUUGAGGGCAACUACUACAGCGAAGGCGAGUCCUUUGUGAGCGAGAACUGCUCUCGCCGGUGCCGCUGUGAAGCCAGCGGCCAGAUGGUUUGCUCUGCAUUGUCCUGUGGUGAGGAGGAGGUCUGCAAGGUCCAGAACGGCCAGCGGGGCUGUUUCCCAGCCAGCACGGCUGUGUGCCACAUCUACGGUGACCCGCAUUACAACACGUUCGAUGGGAAGCUUCACCACUUCCAGGGCUCCUGCAACUACACAGUGGUGACGGCCUGUGACAACUCCUCCCUUGGCUUCAGCAUCACCAUUCGCAACGAACAUCGGGGCAACCCGAGCUGGACGGCUCUGAACUCUGUGGCACUGUCCAUGGAAGGCCUCCACAUUGCACUGCGCAAGAAGAAGAACGUCUAUAUCAAUGGUGCUCUGGCCACCCUGCCUGCUUCUCCAACGCCCAAUGUGAACGUUUCCCUGAGUGGCUCCUACGUGCAAGUCUCUACCAAGCUGGGCCUGCAGCUACAGUUCAACGGGGACCAGGAGCUCCUGGUGAGGGUGUCGGAGAAGCACAAGGGCAAGCUGUGUGGGUUGUGUGGGACAUACACGGGCAGCAAGGAAGAUGACUUCAGGCGACCUGAUGGGGUCGUUGUGCCUGACUUCAAUGACUUUGGAGCCAGCUGGAUGGUGCCGGAUGACGAGUGGAAGUGUAACACGACCAUCUUCCCGCCUGUGUCCUGCUCCCCCUUGGAGGAGGAGGCAGCUAACAAGAAGUGUGAAGUGCUCACACAAGCCGGUGGCCCGUUCCAGCCAUGCCACGCAGUUCUGCCACCCCAGGCGUACUUUGAGAGCUGUGUCUAUGACCAGUGUGGCACGGGUGGCAGCACGGAGCAGCUGUGCAGUGACCUGAGUUCCUAUGCUGAAGCCUGUGCUGCGGCAGGGGUUGUUCUGGGAGACUGGAGCUCUGGCACGGUCUGCGCUCCCCCAGCAGCCUGCAACUUCUCCUGCACAUUUGAUGUCGACUUCUGUGAGUGGGUCCAGGAGCCGUCCAGCAGCAUUGACUGGAUAAGACACAAGGGACCAACGCCCUCUCCGGAUACCGGCCCUUCCUUUGACCACACGACUGGAGAUGGCUACUACAUCUACCUGCAUGGCAACGAUCCCUACCCCGGCUUUGUGUCACAGCUGGUCAGCCCGGUGUGCAAUUCAACGGGACCACACUGCUUCCGCUUCUGGUAUCACAUGUACGGAGUGGCUGAAACCAUGGCCCUGCGGGUGUAUGUGGCUCAGGACGGAGAGCUACUGGAGGUCUGGAAAAGCGUUGGGAACCACGGGGACAGAUGGAUCUUGGGAGAGGUCACAGUGCACAGUGCAGGAAACCUGCAGCUUGUCCUCGAGGGAGAAUGGGGGGAAGAUUUCCGCAGUGACGUAGCACUGGAUGAUCUGUCCAUUGAACAGGGAUACUGUCCAGGCGAUGUGACCCCAACACCAGGCGCCGGCACCACCACACCUGUGGCAGAAAUAACCACACCAACACCACAGCCAGGCUCAGGAACGUGUGUGGUGGAGGGAGACCCUCACUACCACACAUUUGACAAGCAAAUCCACAACUUUAUGGGCAACUGCACCUACACCCUCUCCAAGCUGUGCGAGAGCAACAGCUCACUGCCCUUCUUCAACGUGGAAGCUGCCAAUGAACACCGAGGAGGGAACACUCGCGUGUCCUACGUCCAGUACGUGGACGUUGAUGUGUACGGCCAGCGCAUAAGGCUUGGGAAGGGUGGCGUGGUGACGGUCAACGGCGAGCCAGAGGUGCUGCCCUGCACCCCAUCUGUGGGCGUGCAAGUCUCGUCCAGCGGGUUCUACACCAUGGUGACAACAGACUUUGGCUUGAGAGUGAAGUUUGAUGGGAACCAUCGGGUGGAGGUGACGCUUCCAAGCACCUUUGGGCAGAAGGUUUGUGGCAUGUGUGGCAACUACAACGGGAUGGCAGCAGACGACUUCCUGAACCCUGACGGGGUGCAGGAGCCAGACUCCACCAGCCUGGGUAACAGCUGGCAGGUGUCUAACGACAGCAGCUGCUCAGCUGGGACGCAGUCCCCGCCAGCCUGCACUGAAACGGACAAGCAAGUCAUUGCCAGCAGCAACUUCUGUGGGCUCCUCACGGACACCAGCGGCCCGUUUGAGGUGUGCCAUGCCGUGCUGAGUGCCAGCGGUUACUUCGACACGUGCCUGUAUGACCUGUGUGAGCUGGGGCUUGAUCGCGAGGCGCUGUGCAACAGCUUGCAGUCCUAUGCAGAUGCCUGCCAGGCGCUUGGUGUCCAGAUCCCUGUGUGGAGGAACGCAACAUUCUGCCCCAUCACGUGCCCAGCCAACAGCCACUACGAGCCCUGUGCUGCAGCUUGCCCUGCUACGUGUGUUAGCCCAACGGCACCAUAUAACUGCAGCUUGCCGUGCGUGGAGGGAUGUGUAUGCGACAGCGGGUACCUGCUCUACAACAGUCAGUGUGUGCCCAGCCAGCAGUGUGGGUGCUGGCACAACGGGCAGCACUACCCGGUGGGCUCAGAGUUCUGGACGGACAACACCUGCUCGUCCAAGUGCACAUGUCCCAUGCGAGGAGGCAAAGUCCAGUGCUCCAGUGCAUCGUGCCCUGCUGGCCAGUUCUGUGGUGUGCAGAAUGGGAAACCCGAGUGCCUGGAACACUCCUACGGCAUCUGUCACGUCCACGGGGACCCUCACUACAACACCUUUGACAAGGUGACGCACAACUUCAUGGGGAACUGCACGUACACCCUGGCCAAAGUGUGCUCCAACACCUCCGUGCCGUACUUCAACGUUGAGGCAAAGAACGAGCAUCGUGGCAACCCCCGAGUGUCCUACGUGCGUGAAGUCGUGGUCGAUGUGUACGGAGAGCGCAUUACCAUACUCAAGCAGGAGAGGAGCCGAGUGCUGGUGAACGGUGAGUACCGGACCCUGCCGGUGAGCGCAGCAGGAGGAGCCAUCACCGUGAGCAGUAGCGGCCGCUACGUUGUCCUGGAGACGGACUUCAGCCUCCACGUGUCCUACGACGCUGACCACUCGGUGGAGGUGAAGGUGCCCAGCAGCUACUUCAACCUGACGUGUGGCAUGUGCGGGAACUUCAACAACCGGAGAGAGGACGAUUACAUGAUGCCCAACGGGCAGCAAGCCGCAGACUCCAAUGCGCUGGGGGAGAGCUGGCAGGUCCCAAGCAGUGACAGUGACCCCAGCUGCGGCGUGCCCCCACCAACAGAGCCCUGCCCUGCAGACAAGGAGAAGCUCUACGAGUCUGAGCAGUUCUGUGGCAUGCUGACAGCCAGACCAGGCGUUUUUGAGAGCUGCCACGCCGUGAUCAACCCGCAGAGCUACUUUGAGACCUGCUCCUACGACCUUUGUGCCAUGAGUGGUGCGCAGGAGGUGCUGUGUGGUGCGCUGGAGGCCUAUGCUGACGCAUGCCAGGCAGCUGGUGUGACUCUGCUCCCCUGGAGGAAUGCCACCUUCUGCCCCCUGCCGUGCUCUGCCAACAGCUACUAUGACCCUUGCAUGACUGGCUGUCCUGCCACCUGCGUUGACCGAGAAGCCCCGCAGAACUGUUCCAAGCCCUGCAUGGAGGGCUGUGCGUGUGCCUCUGGCUUCCUCCUCAGCGGUGACACCUGUGUGCCCGAGGCCCGCUGUGGCUGCCUCUUUGAGGGCAACUACUACAGCGAAGGCGAGUCCUUUGUGAGCGAGAACUGCUCUCGCCGGUGCCGCUGUGAAGCCAGCGGCCAGAUGGUUUGCUCUGCAUUGUCCUGUGGUGAGGAGGAGGUCUGCAAGGUCCAGAACGGCCAGCGGGGCUGUUUCCCAGCCAGCACGGCUGUGUGCCACAUCUACGGUGACCCGCAUUACAACACGUUCGAUGGGAAGCUUCACCACUUCCAGGGCUCCUGCAACUACACAGUGGUGACGGCCUGUGACAACUCCUCCCUUGGCUUCAGCAUCACCAUUCGCAACGAACAUCGGGGCAACCCGAGCUGGACGGCUCUGAACUCUGUGGCACUGUCCAUGGAAGGCCUCCACAUUGCACUGCGCAAGAAGAAGAACGUCUAUAUCAAUGGUGCUCUGGCCACCCUGCCUGCUUCUCCAACGCCCAAUGUGAACGUUUCCCUGAGUGGCUCCUACGUGCAAGUCUCUACCAAGCUGGGCCUGCAGCUACAGUUCAACGGGGACCAGGAGCUCCUGGUGAGGGUGUCGGAGAAGCACAAGGGCAAGCUGUGUGGGUUGUGUGGGACAUACACGGGCAGCAAGGAAGAUGACUUCAGGCGACCUGAUGGGGUCGUUGUGCCUGACUUCAAUGACUUUGGAGCCAGCUGGAUGGUGCCGGAUGACGAGUGGAAGUGUAACACGACCAUCUUCCCGCCUGUGUCCUGCUCCCCCUUGGAGGAGGAGGCAGCUAACAAGAAGUGUGAAGUGCUCACACAAGCCGGUGGCCCGUUCCAGCCAUGCCACGCAGUUCUGCCACCCCAGGCGUACUUUGAGAGCUGUGUCUAUGACCAGUGUGGCACGGGUGGCAGCACGGAGCAGCUGUGCAGUGACCUGAGUUCCUAUGCUGAAGCCUGUGCUGCGGCAGGGGUUGUUCUGGGAGACUGGAGCUCUGGCACGGUCUGCGCUCCCCCAGCAGCCUGCAACUUCUCCUGCACAUUUGAUGUCGACUUCUGUGAGUGGGUCCAGGAGCCGUCCAGCAGCAUUGACUGGAUAAGACACAAGGGACCAACGCCCUCUCCGGAUACCGGCCCUUCCUUUGACCACACGACUGGAGAUGGCUACUACAUCUACCUGCAUGGCAACGAUCCCUACCCCGGCUUUGUGUCACAGCUGGUCAGCCCGGUGUGCAAUUCAACGGGACCACACUGCUUCCGCUUCUGGUAUCACAUGUACGGAGUGGCUGAAACCAUGGCCCUGCGGGUGUAUGUGGCUCAGGACGGAGAGCUACUGGAGGUCUGGAAAAGCGUUGGGAACCACGGGGACAGAUGGAUCUUGGGAGAGGUCACAGUGCACAGUGCAGGAAACCUGCAGCUUGUCCUCGAGGGAGAAUGGGGGGAAGAUUUCCGCAGUGACGUAGCACUGGAUGAUCUGUCCAUUGAACAGGGAUACUGUCCAGGCGAUGUGACCCCAACACCAGGCGCCGGCACCACCACACCUGUGGCAGAAAUAACCACACCAACACCACAGCCAGGCUCAGGAACGUGUGUGGUGGAGGGAGACCCUCACUACCACACAUUUGACAAGCAAAUCCACAACUUUAUGGGCAACUGCACCUACACCCUCUCCAAGCUGUGCGAGAGCAACAGCUCACUGCCCUUCUUCAACGUGGAAGCUGCCAAUGAACACCGAGGAGGGAACACUCGCGUGUCCUACGUCCAGUACGUGGACGUUGAUGUGUACGGCCAGCGCAUAAGGCUUGGGAAGGGUGGUGUGGUGACGGUCAACGGCGAGCCAGAGGUGCUGCCCUGCACCCCAUCUGUGGGCGUGCAAGUCUCGUCCAGCGGGUUCUACACCAUGGUGACAACAGACUUUGGCUUGAGAGUGAAGUUUGAUGGGAACCAUCGGGUGGAGGUGACGCUUCCAAGCACCUUUGGGCAGAAGGUUUGUGGCAUGUGUGGCAACUACAACGGGAUGGCAGCAGACGACUUCCUGAACCCUGACGGGGUGCAGGAGCCAGACUCCACCAGCCUAGGUAACAGCUGGCAGGUGUCUAACGACAGCAGCUGCUCAGCUGGGACGCAGUCCCCGCCAGCCUGCACUGAAACGGACAAGCAAGUCAUUGCCAGCAGCAACUUCUGUGGGCUCCUCACGGACACCAGCGGCCCGUUUGAGGUGUGCCAUGCCGUGCUGAGUGCCAGCGGUUACUUCGACACGUGCCUGUAUGACCUGUGUGAGCUGGGGCUUGAUCGCGAGGCGCUGUGCAACAGCUUGCAGUCCUAUGCAGAUGCCUGCCAGGCGCUUGGUGUCCAGAUCCCUGUGUGGAGGAACGCAACAUUCUGCCCCAUCACGUGCCCAGCCAACAGCCACUACGAGCCCUGUGCUGCAGCUUGCCCUGCUACGUGUGUUAACCCCAUGGCUCCUGUUACAUGCGGGUUGCCGUGCGUGGAGGGAUGUGUAUGCGACAGCGGGUACCUUCUCUACAACAGUCAGUGUGUGCCCAGCCAGCAGUGUGGGUGCUGGCACAACGGGCAGCACUACCCGGUGGGCUCAGAGUUCUGGACGGACAACACCUGCUCGUCCAAGUGCACAUGUCCCACGCGAGGAGGCAAAGUCCAGUGCUCCAGUGCAUCGUGCCCUGCUGGCCAGUUCUGUGGUGUGCAGAAUGGGAAACCCGAGUGCCUGGAACACUCCUACGGCAUCUGUCACGUCCACGGGGACCCUCACUACAACACCUUUGACAAGGUGACGCACAACUUCAUGGGGAACUGCACGUACACCCUGGCCAAAGUGUGCUCCAACACCUCCGUGCCGUACUUCAACGUUGAGGCAAAGAACGAGCAUCGUGGCAACCCCCGAGUGUCCUACGUGCGUGAAGUCGUGGUCGAUGUGUACGGAGAGCGCAUUACCAUACUCAAGCAGGAGAGGAGCCGAGUGCUGGUGAACGGUGAGUACCGGACCCUGCCGGUGAGCGCAGCAGGAGGAGCCAUCACCGUGAGCAGUAGCGGCCGCUACGUUGUCCUGGAGACGGACUUCAGCCUCCACGUGUCCUACGACGCUGACCACUCGGUGGAGGUGAAGGUGCCCAGCAGCUACUUCAACCUGACGUGUGGCAUGUGCGGGAACUUCAACAACCGGAGAGAGGACGAUUACAUGAUGCCCAACGGGCAGCAAGCCGCAGACUCCAAUGCGCUGGGGGAGAGCUGGCAGGUCCCAAGCAGUGACAGUGACCCCAGCUGCGGCGUGCCCCCACCAACAGAGCCCUGCCCUGCAGACAAGGAGAAGCUCUACGAGUCCGAGCAGUUCUGUGGCAUGCUGACAGCCAGACCAGGCGUUUUUGAGAGCUGCCACGCCGUGAUCAACCCGCAGAGCUACUUUGAGACCUGCUCCUACGACCUUUGUGCCAUGAGUGGUGCGCAGGAGGUGCUGUGUGGUGCGCUGGAGGCCUAUGCUGACGCAUGCCAGGCAGCUGGUGUGACUCUGCUCCCCUGGAGGAAUGCCACCUUCUGCCCCCUGCCGUGCUCUGCCAACAGCUACUAUGACCCUUGCAUGACUGGCUGUCCUGCCACCUGCGUUGACCGAGAAGCCCCGCAGAACUGUUCCAAGCCCUGCAUGGAGGGCUGUGCGUGUGCCUCUGGCUUCCUCCUCAGCGGUGACACCUGUGUGCCCGAGGCCCGCUGUGGCUGCCUCUUUGAGGGCAACUACUACAGCGAAGGCGAGUCCUUUGUGAGCGAGAACUGCUCUCGCCGGUGCCGCUGUGAAGCCAGCGGCCAGAUGGUUUGCUCUGCAUUGUCCUGUGGUGAGGAGGAGGUCUGCAAGGUCCAGAACGGCCAGCGGGGCUGUUUCCCAGCCAGCACGGCUGUGUGCCACAUCUACGGUGACCCGCAUUACAACACGUUCGAUGGGAAGCUUCACCACUUCCAGGGCUCCUGCAACUACACAGUGGUGACGGCCUGUGACAACUCCUCCCUUGGCUUCAGCAUCACCAUUCGCAACGAACAUCGGGGCAACCCGAGCUGGACGGCUCUGAACUCUGUGGCACUGUCCAUGGAAGGCCUCCACAUUGCACUGCGCAAGAAGAAGAACGUCUAUAUCAAUGGUGCUCUGGCCACCCUGCCUGCUUCUCCAACGCCCAAUGUGAACGUUUCCCUGAGUGGCUCCUACGUGCAAGUCUCUACCAAGCUGGGCCUGCAGCUACAGUUCAACGGGGACCAGGAGCUCCUGGUGAGGGUGUCGGAGAAGCACAAGGGCAAGCUGUGUGGGUUGUGUGGGACAUACACGGGCAGCAAGGAAGAUGACUUCAGGCGACCUGAUGGGGUCGUUGUGCCUGACUUCAAUGACUUUGGAGCCAGCUGGAUGGUGCCGGAUGACGAGUGGAAGUGUAACACGACCAUCUUCCCGCCUGUGUCCUGCGCCCCCUUGGAGGAGGAGGCAGCUAACAAGAAGUGUGAAGUGCUCACACAAGCCGGUGGCCCGUUCCAGCCAUGCCACGCAGUUCUGCCACCCCAGGCGUACUUUGAGAGCUGUGUCUAUGACCAGUGUGGCACGGGUGGCAGCACGGAGCAGCUGUGCAGUGACCUGAGUUCCUAUGCUGAAGCCUGUGCUGCGGCAGGGGUUGUUCUGGGAGACUGGAGCUCUGGCACGGUCUGCGCUCCCCCAGCAGCCUGCAACUUCUCCUGCACAUUUGAUGUCGACUUCUGUGAGUGGGUCCAGGAGCCGUCCAGCAGCAUUGACUGGAUAAGACACAAGGGACCAACGCCCUCUCCGGAUACCGGCCCUUCCUUUGACCACACGACUGGAGAUGGCUACUACAUCUACCUGCAUGGCAACGAUCCCUACCCCGGCUUUGUGUCACAGCUGGUCAGCCCGGUGUGCAAUUCAACGGGACCACACUGCUUCCGCUUCUGGUAUCACAUGUACGGAGUGGCUGAAACCAUGGCCCUGCGGGUGUAUGUGGCUCAGGACGGAGAGCUACUGGAGGUCUGGAAAAGCGUUGGGAACCACGGGGACAGAUGGAUCUUGGGAGAGGUCACAGUGCACAGUGCAGGAAACCUGCAGCUUGUCCUCGAGGGAGAAUGGGGGGAAGAUUUCCGCAGUGACGUAGCACUGGAUGAUCUGUCCAUUGAACAGGGAUACUGUCCAGGCGAUGUGACCCCAACACCAGGCGCCGGCACCACCACACCUGUGGCAGAAAUAACCACACCAACACCACAGCCAGGCUCAGGACCAUCUACACCAAAACCUGGGACACCCUUGCCUGACGUCUCAACACCACCUCCACACCCACUAACAACCACACCGAGCUCAGGACUAUCAACACCAAAACCUGGGACACCCUUGCCAGACAUCUCAACGCCACCUCCACACCCAAUAACAACCACACCGAGCUCAGGACCUUCAACACCAAACCCUGGGACACCCUUGCCAGACAUUUCAACGCCGCCUCCACACCCACUAACAACUACACCGAGCUCAGGACCAUCAACACCAAAACCUGGGACACCCUUGCCAGACAUCUCAACACCACCUCCACACCCACUAACAACCACACCGAGCUCAGGACCAUCAACACCAAAGCCUGGGACACCCUUGCCAGACAUCUCAACGCCACCUCCACACCCAAUAACAACCACACCGAGCUCAGGACCAUCAACACCAAAACCUGGGACACCCUUGCCAGACAUCUCAACACCACCUCCACACCCACUAACAACCACACCGAGCUCAGGACCGUCAACACCAAAGCCUGGGACACCCUUGCCAGACAUCUCAACGCCACCUCCACACCCACUAACAACCACACCGAGCUCAGGACCAUCAACACCAAAACCUGGGACACCCUUGCCAGACGUCUCAACACCACCUCCACACCCACUAACAACCACACCGAGCUCAGGACCAUCAACACCAAAGCCUGGGACACCCUUGCCAGACAUCUCAACGCCACCUCCACACCCAAUAACAACCACACCGAGCUCAGGACCGUCAACACCAAAACCUGGGACACCCUUGCCAGACAUCUCAACACCACCUCCACACCCACUAACAACCACACCGAGCUCAGGACCAUCAACACCAAAGCCUGGGACACCCUUGCCAGACAUCUCAACGCCACCUCCACACCCAAUAACAACCACACCGAGCUCAGGACCAUCAACACCAAAACCUGGGACACCCUUGCCAGACAUCUCAACACCACCUCCACACCCACUAACAACCACACCGAGCUCAGGACCGUCAACACCAAAGCCUGGGACACCCUUGCCAGACAUCUCAACGCCACCUCCACACCCACUAACAACCACACCGAGCUCAGGACCAUCAACACCAAAACCUGGGACACCCUUGCCAGACGUCUCAACACCACCUCCACACCCACUAACAACCACACCGAGCUCAGGACCAUCAACACCAAAGCCUGGGACACCCUUGCCAGACAUCUCAACGCCACCUCCACACCCAAUAACAACCACACCGAGCUCAGGACCGUCAACACCAAAACCUGGGACACCCUUGCCAGACAUCUCAACACCACCUCCACACCCACUAACAACCACACCGAGCUCAGGACCGUCAACACCAAAGCCUGGGACACCUUUGCCAGACAUCUCAACGCCACCUCCACACCCAAUAACAACCACACCGAGCUCAGGACCAUCAACACCAAAACCUGGGACACCCUUGCCAGACGUCUCAACACCACCUCCACACCCACUAACAACCACACCGAGCUCAGGACCAUCAACACCAAAGCCUGGGACACCCUUGCCAGACAUCUCAACGCCACCUCCACACCCAAUAACAACCACACCGAGCUCAGGACCAUCAACACCAAAACCUGGGACACCCUUGCCAGACAUCUCAACACCACCUCCACACCCACUAACAACCACACCGAGCUCAGGACCGUCAACACCAAAGCCUGGGACACCCUUGCCAGACAUCUCAACGCCACCUCCACACCCACUAACAACCACACCGAGCUCAGGACCAUCAACACCAAAACCUGGGACACCCUUGCCAGACAUCUCAACGCCGCCCCCACACCCAAUAACAACCACACCAAGCUCAGGUCCAUCAACUCCAAAACCUGGGACACCCUUACCAGACAUCUCAACACCACCUUCACACUUACCAACUCCAUCACCUACACCAAGUUCCAGCCAUGCUUCCUGCAGUGCCUCUGGGGAUCCACAUUACAACACUUUUGAUCACAGAGUUCAUAAUUUCAUGGGAAACUGUUCUUACACCCUCUCCAAAGUGUGUAACAUCUCUCAGAAUAUUCCAUACUUUGAUGUGUCCACAACAAAUGAGCACAGAGGAUCCAACACCAAAGUCUCUUAUGUGAAGUCAGUGCAAGUGGAAGUCUAUGGCUACCAGAUUUCUAUGCUGAAAAGCAAGAAAGUGAAUGUGAAUGGCAGCAGAAUGAACCUACCCAUCUUUAUUGAAAAGAAAAUCAGUAUUCAAAACAGUGGUAGUUAUGUUCUCUUGGAAACUGACUUUGGACUGUGGGUGAGAUAUGAUGGAAAUCACUAUGCAGAAGUCUCUGUGCCAUCUGAUUACAGUGGCCUGCUCUGUGGCCUGUGUGGUAAUUAUAAUGGUGAUCCAAAUGAUGACAACAUAAAGCCCAACGGUGACACUGCAAGUAAUUCCAAUGAACUUGGACAAAGCUGGCUUGUACCUGAGAAUAACACCAUGUGCUCUGUCGGAACAGAAGACCAAUGUGAUGCUGUGCUGGAGAGUGAAGCAAAGAAGAAUACAGCAUGUGGCAUGAUCACAGACCCAACAGGAAUCUUCAAGGAUUGCCACAACAAAGUGCCUCCCGAAAAUUUCUUCAAUAAUUGUGUUUAUGACAUGUGUUUCACUGAGGGACAGGCAACAUCCUUAUGCUAUGGACUGCAGGCCUACGCCGAGUCAUGUAUCAAUGCUGGAAUAUGUAUAGAGUGGAGAAAUGCUACUCUUUGCCCAAUAUCCUGUCCUGGAGGCAGCAUCUACAAAGGCUGUGGUACUAGGUGUCCCUCUACUUGUGUGAACUCCUCGGCUGCUAGUACCUGUAGUUCAUUGCCAGUGGAGGGUUGCUUCUGUAAGGAUGGCUAUGUUCUGAGUGGAGACACAUGUGUGCCAGAAAGCAACUGUGGUUGUGUUGAUGACAAAAACCACUAUCAUGAGCUGGGUGAAAGCUGGUUCACCAAUUAUUCCUGCACUGAACGCUGCACUUGCAAUGCUAAUAACAUGAUUGCUUGUUCAUCCUGGGAGUGUGGAGUACGAGAGGAAUGCAGUGUUAAGGAUGGUGUGCUGGGCUGUCAUUCCAGUGGCCAAGUAACGUGUCAGGUAGCAGGAGAUCCCCACUAUUUCACCUUUGAUAGAUUGAUGUACACAUUUGUGGGUACCUGCACCUACACUUUGGUUAAGUCUGUCAGCUACAAUGUCAACCCAAUAACCAUCCUUGGCAAGAACGAAGACCGAGGGCUAAGAGGAGCCACAUACCUGAAAGAAGUCUACAUUGAUGUGUAUGGUACACGAAUCACCCUUCGGAAAAGCAAAGAAAUCCUGCUGAACAGUGAGAGGGUCUACACUCCAGUGGAGAACCGGGUGCGGGGGGUGUCCAUUGGAAAUAUUGGCAAUUACCUAGUAGUGGAAACAGACUUUGGUGUGAUAGUCAAAUAUGAUGGCGAUGACCACCUGGAAAUAACUCUCCCACAAUCUUACUUCUCAAAGGUACAAGGCAUGUGUGGUAACUUCAACGACAAUUAUAAAGAUGAUCUGUCCUUGCCCAAUGGUACACUUGUCAGUGUCACACAGUUUGGAAAUAGCUGGAAAGUAGAAGAAGACAGUGAUGCAGGUUGUUUGUCAGACUCAAGAGAAGAUGAUGUUCCUCCUUGCACUGAUGAGAAUAAACCAAUCAUUGAAAGUCAGUGCAACGUCCUAAAAUCAGACAAAUUCAAAGCAUGUCAUGAUCUGGUGAAUCCCGAAGACUUCAUAAAGAUCUGCACCUAUGACAUGUGUCGAUAUGAUGGCAUGAAGUCUGCCCUCUGUGACAUAGUUCAGUUCUAUGUGGACACCUGCAGGAAUCAAGGCAUCACCAUCACGUGGAGGAAUAGCACAUUUUGUCCAUUGCCCUGUCCAUCCCACAGCCAUUACACAGCCUGUGCCUCUGCCUGCCCAUCAACAUGCAAUGACAUUUUUGCCUCAUCCCUUUGUGAGAAGACAGAAUCAUGCACAGAGGGCUGUGAGUGUGAUGAUAAUUAUGUGCUCAGUAAUGACAAGUGUGUUCCUCUCAGCAACUGUGGCUGCAGGGAUGAUGACAACAAUUACUACAGUGCUGGGGAGACCUGGAUUACUCCACACUGCACCGAAAGAUGUCAAUGUCAGCAGAAUGGUGUCAUCAGAUGUCAGAGUUACGGAUGUGAUUCUAAAGAAACCUGCUUGAUCAAAAGUGGAAAAUACAAGUGCAAUCCAACAGGUUUUGGCAAGUGCCGGAUCAUAGGCGAUCCACAUUAUAUCACAUUUGAUGGUUUGGUGCACCACUUCCAAGGGAAAUACACGUAUAUUCUGACUCAGACCAUCCCUGACCUACCUGAUACUCUGACACAGUUCAGCGUCGAAGGCGUGAACUAUCCUCUUCGUCUAAACCGACGCAUUACUUACUUGAAAGAGAUUAUCAUCAACGUUUACAAUCACGAAGUGCGAUUCAGGCAAGGCAAGCAGAUACUGUUGGAUGGUGUAAGGGUGAGAGCCCCUGUUCGUCCCCAUGAUGGUAUUCGUAUAUAUCAGAGGACAACAAGAAUUUACCUGGAGACAGAUUUUGGCUUAUACCUGAGCUACGAUGGUGAUCAAAAUGCAGAUAUAAAGCUGGCCAACACCUACAACAACAGAGUAGAAGGUUUGUGUGGUGACUUUGACGGGAGACCUAGAAAUGACUUCACAAACCCAGAUGGUGUUUGGCUGAAGAAUGUGAAUGCAUUUGGUGAGAGCUGGAAGGUUCCUGUGAAAAGAAGAACCUCUCGAUUCAGGCGAGAAACCAUUGUGGAAGAUGAGCCUGAUGAGGAACCAGAUACAGGGCUCUAUCAAGGCUGCAGUGAAAAUAAGCUGAUGCAAGAAAACAGCACUUCUAAGUGUCAAAUUCUGACUGCAUUGGAUGGUCCUUUUGCAAAUUGUCAUUCUGCAGUCCCACCAGAGCCCUAUUCCACGAACUGCAUCUUCGAUAUGUGUGUAGAAGAUGAUGCUGACACGUUAUGUCGCCAUCUGAAGGAGUACGUGCUGGCUUGUCAGGAGCAAGGAGUCAAUAUGGAAGGCUGGAGGCAACAGACAGCUUGUGAGAUGUCGUGUCCACCCAACAGCAAAUACAACUCAUGCAUGACUGCUUGCCCAGCAUCCUGCAGCGACAUGACCAGCCCCUCUGAGUGUGAAUCGCCUUGUGUUGAAGGCUGUGAAUGUCUCCCUGGCUAUGUUCUUAGUGACUCUGAAUGUGUGCCUUACAGAGAAUGUGGCUGCACAUACCUUGACAAAUAUUAUGAGAUUGGAGAGGUGUUCACCACUGAUGACUGCUCCCAGAAAUGCCAGUGCACAGAGAGCUCCACUGUCACCUGCUCUAACAUACUGUGUGGUUCUGAUGAAAUCUGUAACAUUGCAAACUACACUCGUGGGUGCUACAGGAGUGGACCGUGUAUGCCAAGUCCUUGCCAGAAUGAUGGAAUUUGCUCUGAAACAACCAAUGACACCUCUGAUAACUACUACUGUGAAUGUACAGAGCUGUACAUGGGACAAAGAUGCAAUAUUGAAAGGAUAGAUGACACAAGUAUCCCAGAGAGUUCUCAGAGCAAUACAGUUGCCAUCGCUGUUGGAGUUACAGUAGCAGUGGUUGCCGUUGUCAUUCUCAUCACCUCUGCAGUGUAUCUGUUCAGAAGGAGGAGAAAGGCAGAUGCCAACAUCAAUGCACGGAAUUCAUCUUUGCACGAGUCUGAGGAUUCAUCAGGUGACAGAGUACGGGAACACAAUUAUGGCUACGUAGUGAACGCUGCAUUUGACCAAGAUGAACCCCACAGUACAUACCUGUAGUUAGUGUGUUUUUCUGUGUCUGUGUGUGUUUUUUUUUUUUCCCCCAAUUCAUACGUAUUACUUUCUGCUCUUGUAUUUUAAUAAUAUUUCUAACACUUUCAGAAUAAUAAAUAAAUAAUUGCAUUUA